AUGAGUGAUUUAGACGAUCCACUUACUGGGCAGCAGCCCCAACUGCAGCAGCAGCAGCAACAACAACCGCCAAAUCAAACCACACCACGCAGUUCCCUUGGUUCGGGUGCCCUCUCGUACAGCAAUUCCUCCAUAUCACCAUCGACGAGUUCGAGCAGCUCGGGAUCCGCCAAAUCCGCCGUUAGCGAGUGCCUUGGAGCGUGGCUUAACUAUCUGCAGAUAAUGAACAAUCUCUGUGCCGCCGGGUACCGGCUGGCGCAAACCAUUGCAGCACUCGAACCUUGGGCUUACUUCGACCAACCGGCGACCGGUGGCAGUAAUCCGUCGGCAUCGGGAAGCAAUCUUUCCUCAGGUCCUUCGCCCCAACAACAGCAUUCGCAGGGGCCACAAAUACCGCAGCUACCCUUCGCCACCUCGCAGAUCCCAUCGCAUAUGGCCUUUCAGUUCAUAACGGCCUGGGACGAACUGGCGCGUGCGUCCGUCAUGGCGACGAGCACGGUUAAGUCGCACAUCGUAAGCGUGCUGCAGGAUUUCAAGACGCAACCGUUGGCCACCGUAGAGCAGGAGAGCGAACUUCUACAUAUCAAAGAGUACAACCAGCUGAUUCUGCAGGACAACGCGCAAACUAUGAUCAACCUGCAGCACCAGUUCUGUGUGGCUUCUUGUGACGCGUUCGCACAAUUAAUGUGUUGCUAUCAGUGCCAAACGCAGGUUGGCUUUCCGCACGAUCCCGACUGUCCGAUGGUGCAACACCCGAUGUCUGCCGCGGCCACUAUCGCUCGCACCGGUGCCGACCAACGAUCACAGACACCGUCUCCGCACUUCGGCAUGAAAAUGCAAGAAAACGCACGGCUCUACGAUCGCACCGGGUCGAUUUCGACGCAAGGAUCCUCGUCUGACCAUGGUACGACUGCGUACGAGCAAACGCGAGGUCCUUCCCCGCACGACAUCCGUGGACCGAGCCCUAUUCAGGGCUACUUGGACAACAUCCGUGGACCACUCCCCAACCCCGGUCAUCUGUCCGGCAUGAAAGCACCCUUCUACAGGGGCUCGCGUUCACCACUAAAUUUUCCACUCUUCACACUAAACGGGCAACGGCGCUGGUCCGAAGCCGCUGCGGGUGAAGUAAAUUCGGAAGCUGCCCUCGAUCCCGAAAGUCAGAUGCGCCGCUGGUCGAUGCCCUGGGAGGCUAAAGCAGACAAAUCGACGGUGCACUGGAACCAGACACGCUUGAUGCCGAUUUCAAAGCUGGCCGUGCCCGCUUCAGGUCCGGGUCCGACUCCGAAAUCAUCGCUUGGCGAUCGCAGCCAAAGCACGACGCCCGACUCGACCUGGCACUCGUCGAUUACGAGCCAGGACGGGCUUGUAGAAGCCAUUCAGCUACUCUCCUGUCGACCAAUACAUCGGAUGCAACCGAUGAUGAUGAUGGCACCACCAAAUAUCGGGCCGCCGUUUGUGGAGGAACCCUCCGGAAUGCAACCGGAGCCACACAACGCUUCCGGAAACCCGUCUGGUUUGUACGGCAUCUGGACGCAACAAAAUCCUCCGAGUGCCAUCUUGCGUCAGUCGACGGCCACGAUGCAGGACCGCAUGGUGCCGCUGAUGAAUUAUAUUCGCGAGCAGGACUCAUCUAUUGACGAGAAUCCACCUAAUUAA